UCCCUUACUCAUCGGAACACCACUCCACUGUUUUUUUUCUUCUUCUUGUUUUUUUGUUACCAAUAAAACAUCAUAGCAAAUUAUCAUUCUUUUCUUUUCUUUUCUUUUCUUGAUUCUUCUUUAAUCCAAGUUUUUAUUAUUUCUCAUCACAUCACACCCUUCUUUUUCAUGAUUCUCUUUGCUUCUCCAAUUAUAAUUUCAUUCUCAAUAACUCAUAAUUACUAAUAUAUAUAUGUACAUAUCUUGAGGAAUCUUUAGACACAGAUUCAUAGUGGUUUCUUCUGGAAUUGGUGGGUUGGGGUGUCAAAACUGUGAAGUACAACUCAUGGGUAAUGUCAAUGGCAGAGAAGAUGGUGCAUCUGGGUUGGAGCAGGAGGGUGGUGGUGAUGAUGCGCAGGAUAGCAUGGCUGCUCACGGUGGUGCGCAAGUUAGCUACCGUCCUUAUGGUGAUGGUGAAUUGAUGCCGCCUAUCCCUGGUGCUGCUCACUCUCCAUUGAUGUUCACUCCUCAGGUCCCAGUGCUUCCACUGCAAAGACCCGACGAGAUGCAUGCCCCAAGCUAUUCAUUGAUGCAAAAUACAACAAGGUUUGAAGACACUUGCAGUGAGCAAGGGAUUCCCACAAUGAUUACAUGGAGCUAUGAUGGGAAGGAAGUUGCUGUUGAGGGCUCGUGGGAUGAUUGGAAGACAAGAAUGCCUUUGCAGAGAUCAGGGAAGGAUUUCACCAUUAUGAAAGUGCUUCCAUCGGGUGUUUUCCAGUACAAGUUUAUUGUUGAUGGACAAUGGAGGUAUGCCCCUGACAUGCCAUGGGCCCAGGAUGAAACCGGCAAUGCUUACAACAUAUUGGAUUUGCAGGAUUACGUUCCAGAAGAUGUUGAAAGCAUCUCUGGUUUUGAACCUCCUCAAUCCCCAGACUCGAGCUACAACAACUUCCAACUUGGUUCUGAGGAUUUUGCAAAGGAGCCACCGUUGGUUCCUCCACAUCUACAAAUGACUUUGCUCAACGUCCCGUCCUCCUACGUGGAGGUUCCACCUCCUCUUUCAAGACCUCAACAUGUGGUGCUUAACCAUCUUUACAUGCAAAAAGGAAGGAGUAGCCCAUCUGUGGUGGCACUUGGUUCAACCCAUAGGUUUAUUGCUAAAUAUGUGACAGUGGUACUCUACAAGUCCAUUCAGAGGUAAUAAUUAAAAAAAAAAAAAGAAAAAAAAAAGGCAUUAAAUCUGCUUGGAUGGUAGGUUUUUUUUUUGUUUUUGUUUUGCUGUUGUUAUGUAAUUGAUAUAAUUAUUAAAGGUAAAUGCUAUGCUGAUGGAUUGCGAGAACUCUAGAAAAGAGUCAUUAAAGUAAACUUGAUAAUUUUAUGUGACAAAAUGCAAAUUCUUGAUCACAUUUGCGCUGA